AUGCCGGACGGCCCAGUUGUCGUUGUCUUUCGCUAUACCUCGCCCAUCGUUUCUGUAGUCUGGUUUCUCGGCAUCAAUUUCUAUUUUGCCUGUCAGUCCACGGGCACUGGCAAAGGCUGGCAGCGCAGGCUAUGGCGACGGCCAUCACUUUGGCUGAGCUGGACCAUAGCAGCGGCUUACCUGGUCCAAUCACUCCUUGUAUUGUCCGCGCAUGCCGAGUUCUGCAAAGAUGCCCAUAUCCAUACCCUUGCAGAGGCCUUGCUAUGGACGACAUUGGCUCUUAGUCUCGCCGAUAGCCCUUCGCCGGUGUCGAGACCUUAUCUCUCAACCUGGAUCUUGACUCUUGUCCUGGAAAUGACAUCUGCUGGCAUUUCACUCACCACCUCAAGACUGUACUGGCCAAGUUUUGCCGUCCAGGUAUCUGCACUCGUCUUGAUGGCCGGUCUCUCCAUUCUUGCCCUGGUUCCCCUUCGACAAGACGAUGCGGACGAUGCGGACGAGAGAAGACCACUGAUGUCGCCCUCGCGGUCUUCGGACGUUUCGCAGGAGUACGACAGUCCAUCCUACCACAGAAACACCAUCUCAGAAUGCGGGUCAGAUAGUGACGACGACGAAGAGGACAAGGAGGUGAAGCAGCUUCAGCAGGAGAGGCUGAGAACAUCCGGAGGCUGGGUUGGGUAUCUAAAGGACUUUGCAAUCUUCUGGCAGUAUAUUUGGCCUUCAGGAAAUAUGCGACUGACGCUGGCUAUCCUGGUCCUGUUCGUGAACAUCUUCCUGACUAGAGCCUUGAAUGUCCUGACCCCAAGACAGCUGGGGUUAAUCAUCAACAGGCUCACUACCGAGCGACAGAUCCCCUGGUCGGACGUUGGCUUAUGGGGACUCUUUGGACUUUUGGCGUCGGAUUCCACAGGCCUCGGGGCCCUGAACGAGAUGAUCGAGCGACGAAUUUCCAUUUGGUCAUUCCAAAGGCUCGGCCUCGCUGCCUUUGACCAGGUCAUGCGUCUUUCGAUGGACUUCCACGACGAAAAGGAUUCUGGCGAGAUCAUCAAGGCUCUUGAGCAGGCAACCUCUUUAAACUCCUUGCUCCAGAUCAUCAUCUUGGAGGUCUUCCCCGGGGUAUUGGAUGUCUUCAUUGCACUUUGGUACGUGGCGUACGUUCUCGACGGAUAUGCCGUGCUCAUGGUUCUUUCCGUUGCUGUCGCCUUCACCUUUAUCACAUCGUACAUCACUGUGUUCGUCAACGCUUCUCGGAGAGAUCUCUCCGUUCGGCAGCGUGGCCAGAGCAAGCUCUUGUACGAGACCAUCAGCCACUGGUCUGUCGUCUCAUAUUUCAAUCGCAGGGGCUACGAAAAGGCCCGGCUUUCUGGAGUCCUGAAGGGAAUCGCCGAAGCUGAUCUCCGCAGUAAUGACCAUUACAUCUAUCUCUACGGAGCACAGGAGUUUUGUGAACAGGUAGGCAAGAUUGCAAUUGUUCUCCUCGCGGCUCAUCGAGCAGCACAAGGACUUGCGUCAAUCGGAACGUUGAUCGCGGUGGAGAGCUACUGGGACACCAUCACCAUGCCUCUGUACGUUAUGGGCCACAGCUACCGCCAAUUGUCGACAGACCUCAUCGAUGCAGAGAGGCUUUUGCAGCUCUUCAAGUUAACUCCGACGGUACAAGACAUUCAAGGCGCGCGACCGAUUGAUGUCCAUGCGGGCAAGGUGGAGUUUGAGGAUGUCGGAUUCGGUUACCACAAGGAUAGAUUGGCGUUGGACCAUUUCACAUUUCAAGCCUUGCCAGGGCAGAAGAUUGCCUUGGUGGGUGAGACGGGAAGCGGCAAGUCGACCAUCCUCAAACUACUCAUGCGCUUCUACGAUGUCGGUUCUGGGAGAAUAUUGAUCGACGGACAGGACGUUCGACACGUCACCCAGGAUUCCUUGCGGGAGGUUUUUGGGGUGGUGCCACAAGAAACAGUCCUCUUCAACACGACCGUACUGGACAACGUGCGCUAUGCCCGGUUGGACGCUACCGACGAGGAGGUCUUUGAAGCAUGCAGAGCGGCCGCCAUCCACGACAAAAUUCUCACUUUUAGCCAUGGAUACCACACCAAGGUUGGUGAACGUGGAAUCAAGCUGUCGGGUGGUGAGAUGCAGCGUCUUUCCAUUGCUCGCGUCUUGUUGAAAAGGCCCAGAAUUGUCCUUCUGGACGAGGCAACUUCGGCCAUCGACACCAUCACCGAGUCGAAGAUUCAAGUCGCGCUGCACAACCUCACGGACCGAAGAACCACGUUUGUCAUUGCUCAUCGCCUUUCGACCGUCGUUGACGCCGAUGUAGUGCUCGUCAUUGACCAAGGUCGCAUCAUUGAACAAGGAACACACCAACAGCUUCUGCUAAAUGGGAAUCGAUACAAGGAGCUAUGGAUGAGGCAAUCCCAGUCUCAAGUUGACAAGGUGGAAGAUCCCACACUUGAAAAUGCGGGAACAUCCUGA